AUGGCGACACCUGGGAGAUCACACGAUACCCCAACUGAUGAGCACGAUCGAGCUGACGCUCCCGGAGCUGGGAACGAUGCCGCCACACAGAGGGCCCGUCGUAGGCAGCGUAGAGAGCAUCACCAUGAGCAAGACCGCCAUGACGACCCCGCGGGGGAAGUUGAGUUUGAGGCCCCUCCUGAACAUCCUACCGAGGAAGAGCUGAGGAGGGAGGAGGAGCAACUUGACGAGGCUCGAGAGCGUCCCGAGGGCUUCGUGUCGCUUGGAGAAGAAUCUGACGAUGCGAGCGACCAUGGGACCCAGGGGCCAGCCAGGGGAGAGACACCUGGCGAGUCAUUCCAGGAAGCGAUAGAGAGGUUGGUCGAGGAGCAGCGAGAGCUGAGGAAGCAGCUCCUCGAUCAGCAGGACAGAUUUGCCAGGAACCUCAUGGAUGCCAUCCAUGAGCUACGCCGAGAAAGGGAUUCCAGACAUGACUCAGAGCCCGAGAUUAAGCGUCGAAGGGAGA